GUUAUAUACCUCCCCAAAGAAGAAACCAAGUCCAGUAAAAAAAUGUGUCAGCCCGUUAGUUUGGUGCAGGCAGGUAUUGGAUUACCCCAGUCCUGACAUUGAAAGUGCUAAAAAGUCGCUGAUCCACAGGCUGGAACAGACAAUGUCAGCUCUCAAGAGACAGAGUUUGUACAGCAGUCCUUUCACUGCGGUCAGCUAUGCAAGCUCCUACAGCCCAAAUACUAGCAGCCCCUACAGCAGUGGUUUCAACUCUCCCUCCUCAACACCAGUGAAGUCUGCUUUAGUGAAACAGCUUAUACCUCCUGGUACCUCAGGUCAUCUUAAAAGUUCAGCAGAUAGAAAUCCUCCACUCAGUCCACAGUCUUCUCUGGACAGUGAAUUAAGUGCAUCAGAGAUGGAUGAAGACUCUAUUGGGUCUAAUUACAAGCUAAAUGAUGUUACAGAUGUGCAGAUUUUAGCACGCAUGCAGGAAGAAAGCCUCCGGCAAGAGUAUGCAGCGACCGCGUCUCGGCGCAGUUCUGGUUCUUCCUGCAAUUCUACAAGGCGAGGCACAUUCAGCGAUCAGGAGCUGGAUGCGCAGAGUUUAGAAGAUGAGGAAGAUGGCACGCAUCACACAGUGCACCCUGCUGUUAACAGGUUCUCGCCAUCACCUCGCAGUUCUCCCUGGCCUUCACCAAAACAAUCUCCAAGGAAUUCACCUCGCUCCCGAUCUCCUGCUCGAAGCAUAGAAUACAGUCGAGUGUCGCCCCAGCCUAUGAUCAGCCGUUUACAGCAACCUCGUCUUUCACUUCAGGGCCAUCCUACGGAUUUGCAGACUAGUAGUGUCAAAAGUGAAGAAAAACUAAGGCGUAGUCUUCCAAACCUGUCCAGGACAUCGAGCAUCCAAGCAGAGUCUGUGAAAAACAGCAGAAGUGACUCAAACUUCCAAGUGCCAAAUGGAGGAAUACCUCGCAUUCAACCUCAAGCCUCAGCCAUACCUUCUUCGAGUAAAUUCCGCUCGCCGGCAGCACCGUCUCCCCUAGCUCUCCGACAACCAGUGAAAGCAUUUAGUAACCACGGACCCGGCUCGGUGGCUUCUCCCGAAGCCGCACAGCUGACGCACAGCAGUUCCUCGCCGGGGCACCUGGCAGCCCAGGGCGGCGGCCUGCCGAGCCCGGCCAGCGGUAUCAACAGCACUACCCUUACCAGACCCGCCGGGACAGCGGGGAUGAGGAGUGGGCUGCCCAGACCCAGCGCCCCUUCCACGGGGGGCAUCCCAGUGCCUCGUAGCAAACUUGCACAGCCUGUUCGCAGAUCCUUACCCACUCCCAGAACCUACGGCGGCGUGAAAGACGAGAGUUGGAAAGACGGCUGCUACUGAACCGCAGAGCUUAAUGCAGCGUUCCAGUGCUCACGGAUGCUUCCUCACCAGGCGAAAAGACAGCGUGAUUCGACAGACUGUUCAGAUGUGACUUUUGGGAUUUGUAAAAAUUCCAAGCCUCUCUGUCUCUAAUUAGCACAAACUGGCAGAGAUUAUAAAGCAGCACUUUAAUGACAUCUAACAUCAGAUGUUUGGUGAUCACACAAUCGCUUCUGCAUUAAAUUGCUAUCAGUUCCGGGGUUUGUUUUCCUUGCUUGCUAAAAGUGUAUCAAUUUGAGCAUUUAUGACAGUGGCCAAUGUCUGGGCAAAAAAACCUAACGAAUGCCAAAGAAAUGCCCA